AUGGUUAUUCCUAAUACCAGCUCCUUUGGUGGAUUUUUCCUGUUGGGCUUCUCUGAGCAGCCUCUGUUAGAGAUGACCCUUUUUGUUAUCACUGUGGUUUUCUACUUGCUGACUCUGCUUGCCAAUAUGGCCAUCAUUAUAUUGGCUCAUCUGGAUCCCCGGCUCCACACCCCGAUGUAUUUUUUCCUCACCCACUUGUCUUUAAUGGACCUCUGCUACACCACCAGCACAGUCCCCCAGCUGCUGUUUAACCUGCAGGGCCCAGGAAAGAUAAUAAGAUAUGGUGGCUGUGUUGGUCAGCUGUACGUGUCCUUGGCCCUGGGUUCCGCAGAAUGCAUUCUCCUUGCGGUCAUGGCUGUGGACCACUAUGUGGCAGGAUGCCGGCCUUUGCACUAUGCCAUUCUCAUGCAUCCAUGCAUCUGUUGGCAACUGGCAGCCACCACCUGGCUGACUGGCUUGGCUAGCUCACUGGUACAGACUGUGCUCAUCACACAGGUUCCCCUCUGUGGAGGGAAUGUCAUAGACCAUGUCUUCUGUGAAGUACCAGUUCUCCUCAAACUGGCUUGUGUGGAUACCACCUUCCAGAACCAGGACAAGUUCCUGGCCUUGCUCUAUGGAAUUGUCACCCCAGCUCUAAAUCCCUUCAUCUACACAUUAUGUAACAAAGACAUGAAAGGGGCACUGAGGAAGAUGAUAGGGAAAGAUUAA